AUGCUCCGGAAUCUGCAUUCAUCUCUAAGGGAGGUUUUCAAACUAAUUACGGAAGACCUCCGCAAAGACCUUCAUGGGCUCGGGGCGGGAACGGAAGCCCUAGUAGAUAAAACGGACGAGCUAUGUGUAGCUCACACUGAAAUGCUCAAUAGGAUGGCUAAAAUGGAGACAGAACACCUCAACUUGGUGGGCAAAUUCGCCGACAUGGAAGACCGCUUGCGGCGGAAUAACAUCACGUUGCGAGGGGUACCGGAAUAUGUCUUCCAAGAAGAACUCCCGCAGCAUCUAAUGAGUUUGUUCAAAUUCCUCCUACUAUCAGUGGCAGACGCAGACCUGUUGAUUGACAGAACACACAGAGGGCCCAAACCACGUGGCCUGGCUGCAGACAUCCCAAGAGACAUCAUUGUGAGACUCCAUUAUUUCCAUAUCAAAGAGGCAAUCCCCCAAGCCCAUAGGAAAGCACCUGACCUACUGGAGUACCUGAGAGGAAUAUCCCUGAUUAUCAAUCUCUCUGCCACCACGAUGGCCAAGCGGAGAGAAUUUGUCAAUACAAAAAAAAUGCAAUGA